GCCACAUUCCAUUCCUUUACUUUCCGUCGUUGGUAAAAAGUAAGGCACAGUGGAAAAAACAAGACACUCCGAUUCCGACGGCAAGCGGCAGCACCAGCGGCGGAAGAACGAGGCAAGAGGAAAACAACAGAGAGGGGAAGGUAAAGCCGACGUCGUGCUUGAAACGAAACAAAGACUCGGAGAGAGAUGCGGAUAAAAUUAUGGGGCAGGAUCGUUGGAUGGAUUCCGGUCGGUGCGUCGUGACGGAAUCGAUGCCUCUUGCCACUUGUUCUGCUCAGUUGGGAGCUCUAGCCCUUUUUUGGUUGGAAAAUUCUUGAUCCUUGGUGCGUCCUGUUGGCGUUUUUUCGCUUCCGGAUUCGCCAAGCUGGUUUCUCAUUCUUUGGUUUCCAAUUUCUCCUUUGCGUCCUGGAUGCUUGUCCCGUGCGGUUGGUGCUACUCGUUUUCAUAUUUCUAGUGCAUCCGGAGGGAGGUUUGGGGUGCGAGUCUCGGCGAGAUCUUAGUCGGGAACAUAACAUGGCAGGUUUGAAUAUGAGCCCUGAGCUUGGUGGAAGCUAUGGUGAGAAGGUACUCUCAAAUGGUGAUGUCUAUGUUGGAAGUUUUGAUGGUUUGCUUCCUCAUGGGAUAGGAAGAUAUACCUGGUCAGAUGGAAUGAUAUAUGAUGGACAAUGGGAGAAAAGCAAAAUAACUGGUAGAGGAAAGAUAUAUUGGCUAUCUGGUGCAACAUAUGAAGGUGAAUUUUGUGGAGGUUUUCUCCAUGGUUCAGGUACUCUUUUUGGACUUGAUGGUUCUGUCUAUAAAGGUUUAUGGAGGAUGAAUAAACAACAUGGAAAGGGAGUCAAAACUUAUUCUAAUCUAGAUGAAUAUGAUGGUCUGUGGAGGGAGGGUUGCCAAGAAGGUCUUGGCACAUACAGAUGGUGUAAUGACAAUACUUAUACUGGAAAUUGGAAGGCUGGAAAGAUGUAUGGUAAAGGGGUUAUGAAGUGGGCAAAUGGUGAUAUAUUUUAUGGUGAUUGGUCAGAUGGAUUAGAAAAUGGCUCAGGCUGCUACAAAUAUGCGGAUGGAUCAAUUUAUAUCGGAAUUUGGAGUAAAGGGUUAAAGGAUGGACAUGGAACCUUUUUCCCUCCCGGAAGCAAACUACCUAAUGAACUUAGAUGUCCAGAAUCUGUUCUGUAUGAUAAUAUGGCACAAAGGCUUUUUCAUUCUGCAUUAUACAGUGCCGAAGCACCAGUGAGCAAAAAGGCCUUUAACGGAAGAUGUAAAAUCACUAGAUGGAGCACACUUGGUUACUUCCAUAAAUCAAAGCGAAUAUCACAUAGGCCAUCAUCUCUUGGAGUCUGGAACAUCGACACUAGUUGUAGCAGUUUGUCAGAGAGCACAUCUCAUACACAGUGUUCUUCAUCUGAUGGUCGCCAUGUACUUGUAGAUGCCUGUGUUGUAGCAUAUGAUAGAGAGUACAUGCAAGGAGUACUAAUAACCGAAAGCAUUAGUCAUUAUGAUUUUGAAAAAUCUCAAAGAAGUAAAAAGAAGUGGAAAAUGAAACAACAAUCAAGGGGACCUGGUGAAAAUAUUUACAGAGGUCACAGGAACUACUAUCUGAUGCUAAACUUGCAACUUGGAAUUAGGUAUACAGUUGGGAAAAUCACACCAGUGCCUAUGCGUGAAGUCCGAUCCUCUGAUUUUGGGCCUCGAGCUAGAAUACGAAUGUACUUCCCUUGUAUGGGAUCUCAAUUUACACCUCCACAUAACUCCAUUGGUUUUUUUUGGAAGGACUAUUGUCCUAUGGUUUUUAGGAAUCUUCGUGAAAUGUUUAAGAUAGAUGCUGCGGACUACAUGAUGUCCAUAUGUGGAGGUGAUGGUCUGAAGGAGCUUUCAUCUCCAGGAAAAAGCGGCAGCAUAUUUUACCUUUCGCAAGAUGAAAGAUUUGUAAUAAAGACUAUGAGAAAAUAUGAACUUAAGAUCCUGUUAAAGAUGCUUCCAAAUUAUUAUGCUCAUGUUGGAGCCUAUGACAAUACCCUAAUAACAAAAUUUUUUGGUCUCCACAGACUGACUAUUAAAGGGAGGAAGAUUCGCUUUGUUGUUAUGGGAAAUAUGUUUCGGACAGAACUGCGAAUUCACCGUCGGUAUGACUUGAAGGGUUCCUCUAUUGGAAGAUCUACAAGCACACAUAAAACUAAUGGGAACACAACAUUGAAGGACCUUGACUUGUCAUAUGUUUUUCAUUUAGAGAAAUCAUGGCGACAGUCACUUUUUAGACAAAUCUCUCUAGAUUGUAAGUUCCUGGAAUCACAAUCCAUAAUCGAUUAUAGUUUGUUGCUGGGUCUGCACUUUAGAGCUCCUGAGCAUUUGAAGGCAUAUUCAGAAUCUCAUAAUUUACCAGCAGAGAAUGCAGGUUUACCAGACAAUUAUUCUGACGCCCAGUUACAUGAAGAAAUCAGAAACCUUCCAAAGGGUUUGUACUUGGUUGCACAUGAACCAAGUUCUGUCAGUAGUCUACCAGGUUCACACAUCCGAGGCAGCACAUUAAGAGCAUCUGCAGCUGGUAAUAAGGAAGUUGAUCUUCUUUUGCCUGGCACAGGAAGGUUGCGUGUACAAUUAGGAGUUAACAUGCCGGCUCAAGCUAAUUCGAAGCUACUUCACAACGGGCUACUUGAUUCAGCAGAAACUGGUCCCAUUGAAGUCUAUGACGUUGUUCUCUAUUUUGGAAUCAUCGACAUAUUGCAGGAAUAUAACAUGACCAAGAAACUGGAACAUGCCUGCAAGUCACUCAAGUAUAACCCCCUGUCGAUUUCUGCUAUUGAGCCAAAGAUGUACUCAAAGCGGUUCAUCAGUUUCCUGAAGGAAGUGUUCCCAGAAUAGGUUCUAUUUAAGAGGAAUCAUGGAGGUGCCCUGUAUUGGCAGAGUUGAUGGGUGAAAAAUUGGUCAACAACGUGUGCUCGUGUAUUCUUUUUCCUGUUGACUGCCUGCACAGCACAUGCCAUGACCCAUUAGGUUAAAGCUUUGGCUGUGAAUCAAUGUUCUCAAUCAUAGUGGCGUUCCCCCGUGUAUCCUUGGAGUUUGGCAAAGAUUUUCAAGAAAUUUAUACAGCUUCAGUCAAUGCAAUUAAUCAACAGAAUGGAGAGUCCAUGAACAUCUUGUCAUCGUGCAAACACAGUGGGUUUCUCCAGCCAGGAUGAUGUUACUUCUGUGAGAUUAAUCAGUGUUUCCCGAUCAACCAUCAUGUCCCAUGAGCUGACAAAGUGAUCCAUGAGAAUGUUGAGGAAUUACUCCUGAUACACCUACAGUUCAUUUUGCUCACGUUCUUUCUGUUCCUUGAUCUAUUUUAUAGUAGAGAUGUGGAAGUCUUCAUUUACAGAAAAUAACUACAACCGCUUGUGGCUUGUUGUCGGAUCUGUAUGAGUGUUGUAAAGUUCAAAUCAGUUGAGGAAUUUAUAUGUUCAUCUCA